AGUCCCUCUAGCAGAAAAUCCAGGAAGAGGAAGAAGGAGGAGGAAUAAGAAGAAGGUGUGGUUUUAUAAAGGGUGUGUUGUUACUGAGUUGGAGACAACUUCAGGACACAGUUUCAAAAAUUGUGAGCUGACAACCGAACCAGUUUACUACAUUUUUCAGCUGGCUGACUCAGUCUGGUGAAUGGAGAUGGAUCAAGGCAGCAGCAGCAAGAGUGUGACUGUAAUUCAGCAGUUGUUUGAGACGGGGGCCACCCUGCUGAACCGUUUUUAUGAGGACCCCAAGGUUACACAGUUGAUGAAAACAAAGAUCGGGCAGUACCUGAGCAGCCACCCUUUCUUUGCUCUCACUGUGAUGCUGUUUGGCGCCAUGUCUGCAAUUCCAGUUGGAAUUUUCCUCUCUUUUGCUCUUGUGACCAUUAUCAUGACUUUAGUUGGUUUUGUUUUCAUUGAAGCGUUCCUGUUGUUUGUAGGAGGGACGACUCUGCUGUGUGUGCUUUCUGGCAUCGCCCUCUUCUCUGUCAUGGUUUCAUUCAUCUUUAAUGCACUUUACUUCACCAUCUCCAACAUCGUCAGCCGUCGUAACCCAAAUCUGACAAAGCAACGUUGUUCAGGAAAAGGAGAGUGAGAGUGAAACUUCAAAAACAAAGAAAGUGUAAAAGCUUGAUUGUUGUUCUUUCUCAAUUGUCAUCUUUAUGUGGAAACGUUUAAAAUUGCCAUAACUACUGAAGCAUGGUGGGUUAGAUUGAGACCCUUGAAUGUACUGUAUGUAACAGAUUGUGAAAGCACAAAGACUCCCUGGUGGUUACUGUAAGUCUAAAGCCUCAAGACUAUUAGUACAUAUUGUACUAUGUGUCAUUAUCUUUAAGUAUACAUGUUAUAUAAGUAUAACAUAUCACAGCCAAAGUAUGUAAUAACUAAUAUUGAAAGUGCCUUAUGAGUCCUAAUACACACAGAGUAUUUAUUUAGUUUUAGAAAUGCUUGUGUAUGUAAUGUAUGUCUGCAGGCAUCGGAUGCCCAUGCCUGUUAGGCUAAGAAAGCGCUGCAUAUAAACUGUUACAUGUUUGCUGUUACCUUUUAAAGAGCUCGAUGUUGUACAUUUGUGAUGCAGUUUUGAAUAAAUGAACAUCAUGAAAAACAA